AUGUCGGACAAGGAAAAGUCCAAGGGCAUCUCGUUGCGCAGGAAGCGCAGCGACAAGCCCAAGAAGCAUGCCCAUGCCCCACCGACCAUCAGCGCGCCACGACAGAUCAGUGCGCCCAUGCCAGCUGGAGCUGCUGCUGCACUGUCCAACGCGAGUCGGCCUUCGGAUGAAUCGAGCAGAUCGAGGACGAGGCAGGAUGCCCAGCAACCGAGGCCACAGCGGGCGGACAAGACGGCCGACAUGGUCAAGAGGAGGUACUCGCAGAAGAUCACCACCGCGCCCAGAGACUAUGGCAACGGCGCUCCCAUGCCAGACAUGCCCCGGAUACCGAAUCAGUACAGAGAGCGCAGCAGGGACGGAAGAGCGCCGGCUGGAACCGCCGAGGAACGACUGUUGCGCGUGGACAUGAAAGUGCUGCGGGAUCCCAAUCUCCGGGCAGAGCAAUAUGUUUCUUCCAUGCUCGCAGAUGCCACCGAAGAAGAGAUUCGUCGCUAUCAAGACGACCUGAUCAAGACGAAGCACCGCACCUCCAUGGACCUGCAGACCAACGUCUAUCAGAAUAGAACCCAGUUUAUCAAGAUCAGCAAGGAGGCGGAGAAGCUCAAGGGCGAGAUGCGCACCCUGCGCCAACUCAUGUCUGAUUUGACGACUACCCUCGAGCAGACGGCUUCUGCCACAGGUGCCAGCAAGGACGCGGCGAGCAAACGGAGAGCGAACCGCUCUUCUAUCGGCGAUCUGAAUCAACUACGCGCCGGUCAACUCCAGCAAUUAUACAGGGAUGUAGAAGGCUCACAGAAAUAUCUACCUCCCAUACCAGGCCGGUUCAUCGUGUGGAAGUCUACCAGAUGGUUUGAGCUGGACUCGGCCACCCUCAAGGCUAGACGCAGGGUCAGGUUACUCCUACUCAACGACCACCUGCUGAUUGCUGCGGAGAAGAAGGCCCGGAAUGAUGUUGCCAGUCAGCGUGAUGGCAAUCGGACGGCUGUAGAGUACGUUGCCCAACGAUGUUUCCCGUUGUUGGACAUUCAAGUCACGAGGACACCGGAAGAGCGUAUUAUCAUCCGAGCUGGUUCCGAGUCAUUCACUUACGACACCAAGAAAGAGGAUGGCGGGGACAAGACAGCCUUCAUCUCAACUUUCCGCAAAGCCAAAGACGACCUCCGCAAGAACCAGGAAGCGGAGGUGCAAGAAAAGGACCGGACGCAAGACUCUUACAGCCAUCUCCUUGCAAGAGAUCCGGCCCUUUUACGACAAACGGAGCUCUUGGAGAACCUCUCUGACAGCGUAAACCAUGAUCAAAUCAGCACUUUUGUGGACAUUGACGGCCAGCAGCGCACGAUCCGGUGGGUGGAAAGCCAGCUGGACGACCUAGACAUUGAGAUUGCGCUGCAGCACUUUGAAGAAGCCGUGGGCAAGGUAGAUCGACUCAAGGCACUGGCCAAGGACAUCAGAGGCAACGAAAUGGCCAAAACAAUAGUCACGUUCAAAGUCGAUGAACGAGCUGCCAAGCUCGCAAAUGUUCUCAUCAAGCACAUGGUCGAGCAUAAUAAUUGGUUUACCUCAGUACGACAACAUGUCUCGUGGGUUAUACAACUUGGAUUUGAAGAUCGAGCCCGGGAAGCCUAUCUCGCUGCUCGUGGUGAUUUAAUUGCUACCCGCUCUCGUCAAUGCAUCUUCGAGGGCAACCUCCCAGACUACAUCUUCCAAAUCUCCUACAUCUACUUCACCGUCAUCAAGAACACUGUUGACAUGUACCAGAGGUGUUUCCCACAGCCACUCAUGUCUGCGUGCGUAAAGUGGGCAAAGGAACACAUUGAUCAGUUCAACGUCUUGUUGAAGAGGCAGCUGAGUAGUGUGGACGAGAAUGGUAAUGUGUGGAAUCAGUGUAUGCAACUGGCGCAUGAGCAUGCGGCCAUGUUGAGGGAGGUGGGAUUGGACUUUUCGGAAUUGGUGGGAAGAGGGAUUAAAGACACAGAGGUUGGAUUGGGUGUUGGUUCGUAG